UGUAUUACACAUUAUGGACUACAAUAAGACACAGUAAUAUAUUACACAUUAUGGAUUACAAUAAGACAGUAAUAUAUUACACAUUAUGGAUUACAAUAAGACACAGUAAUAUAUUACACAUUACGGACUACAAUAGUGCCUCCAUAACAUAUUAUUUAUCAAUAGUGCCUUGUCAUCCUCCAUAACAUAUUAUUUAUUGAAUAGCCUACUUUACAUACAGUAUAUGAUCUCUUCUUCUUCUUGUGCUGAGCCCUUUUUUUUUUUCUCUAGAAGAUACAAGAGAUAGGAAGGGCACUUGGUCGCAGGUUCAACUGUCCACAGCCCUCUCAGGACAUAAUGUCCCGAUCUAACUUUGUUUAACGACGGCACGAUUCUCGCGCUCUGGAGCGCAUCGGUAUCCAAUGGAUGAGCAGCUGCAAAACGACACACCCCUAUGCAUCGGGAUGGCACGCCCCCAGCAUGGAAACAGCUCUAGUCGACUCGGCACAUUGACCUGUCACAAUGCAGGAGACAGCUAGGCAACUGUAACUGGGAUGGAGGAUGUUCAUCUGGAUAAAGAAAGAAAAGUUUUCAGCAUUUCAUAACUGUCUAAUUUCCAGAGACCGGAGAGGGAUUCAUACUCGACGUGUUUGCGUUUAGAUUUUUGAUCUAGGAUGGCAAUUCCGCGGAGAAGCCGGUAACAUUUAUUAUGGGAGUUGUUUUCUAUCGAUAGCACACUGAGACCAAAGCUACCUCCAUAAUCACAUAAAGGGAUCAACCCGACGGAAGUCCUUUAACCAUAACAUAGUUGUUAUAUUUGAAUGUCACCAGUUACUCAUUAGUGUUCCGUUUGAAAGGAUAUGGAUCAUUUCGCCGCAGAGUGCCUUGUGUCUAUGUCCAGCCGGGCUAUCGUUCACCCUAAAGAGAACAGAGAGUUGAAAACAGAAUCAGCCUGCUAUCCAAGGAACGAUGGAGAAGACAUGGUCAAAGACAACUCCUCUCUUUUCGUGGUGGCCAGGAUUCUAGCGGAUUUUAACCAGCAGCCACCCACGACUACUACCGAUAUUGCCGAGCAGGCAAAAAUAAAAGAGGGGUGCGUGUCGCCUUCUACAGUCACAGAGGACGGGAAUACAGCCACACCUAUCGUCAUAAGCACCGCCGGCGACCUCACACAAAGAGGCAGCAAACGUGUCAGAGGUCGAUCCGAACCGGAAUCGCCUCAGAAAAAGCACAAAUGUCAUUAUUCGGGUUGUGAAAAAGUUUACGGGAAGUCGUCCCACCUCAAAGCGCACCUAAGGACACACACAGGAGAGCGUCCCUUCCCCUGCACCUGGCCUGACUGCAACAAGAAGUUUGCCCGUUCGGAUGAGCUGGCCCGCCACUACCGUACUCACACCGGGGAGAAGAAGUUCAGCUGCCCGCUCUGCGACAAGCGCUUCAUGCGUAGCGACCACCUGAUGAAGCACGCUCGCCGCCACUCCGAGUUCCAGCCCGCCAUGUUGAAGCGGCCGUACGGGUGCGGCGGAGGGAUGGGCGGAGGAAUGGGCGGAGGAAUGGGCGUGGUCGGGAGUACUACACGCCCCGGAUCCCUCAGCGACUACAACAGCCGCUCCGACGCGUCCAGCCCCACCCUUAGCCCCACCCCCAGCCCCGCCCUCAGCCCAGCUAACUCGCCUUAAAGCCCGCCUCCAGCACUUUCAGGCUCUGCCUCCCAACACCCUGAUUGACCCACCCACAAGACAAGACACACCCACAGACAGGACAGGACUCUUUCAGUCUGUUUUAGGCCAGGGUUUUACACUGGUGCCCUGUGGAAAGUCUCAGCCCACAACAGCAUUGCAAUGGAAAUAGGCUAUUUGAAUAUUUUUAUCAUGAUGGUGGUCUUAGAAUGGAUCCUCUUGAGACCCACCCCAGUCUCACUUGAGUCUUUUUUACCAUGAUGGUGGUGGUAGAAGGGAUUCUGUCAAGGAACUUGAUGCCCUAUCCCUUGUUCUAAUGUCUCACCCUAACCUUGACUUCAAUGGGACUACGCCACACCCCCAGCAGCCACUCUGAUUCGUUCUUUUGGUCAGUAGGGUCCUCUGAUUGGCUCUGGUCCUAAUUGGGGCCUCCCCCUAUUCCAUUUAUUGCACAGGUCCGUACCUAGCGAGCCUCCUUUCCAAUGCUCUGUCUGCUUGUUGCACUGCACUGUCUUCUACAUCAUGUACUCUACUGCCUAUUGUAGAGCAAUCCUUUCAACAACUAAGACAAAAUAAUGCCUUUCUGAUGGCAACAUUUCCAUAGUAUACACAUCUACUGUGUAAGCAUGGUCUCUUUGAGAAGCCUCGGGCCCAUUGCUAAUAUGGUUUCAUUUAGGUUCUGGUUUUUAAAAGUUAGCAGAAUCAGCCAUGAAAGAACACGUAGAAGAGCAUAUUCAAUCAUCUAAAUACUACAGGACGCUACAUGAUUUGAAACGGCCAGGGAGAUUUCAUCUACGCCUCAGGAUUAGAAAACAGUUGAUUAGUUUAACUUGAAUGCACAAUACAAACAUCACUUUACUCUGCAAUUCAAUGCAGGUUGAAUCUUCUGCCCUGCUCAGGGAAGGACUUGGUAGCUUGAAAGAAUGAACACAAUGAAGACACACACACACACAAAAUAGCCUUACACUCAAACAGAAUUGCACUCCUUGAAUACAUUCUGUUUUGGUUUUCACGCUGAAAGAAACCAUGGAAAUAGUCCUUCAAACUAGUUGUUAUCUUUGGAUUUGAAUCGUGAUGUCACAAAAGAGAAUGAAGCCAGUCCUCGGACUGAACCACUGGAGACUAGAGAGAGAGACAAAACAUAUUUUUCCCUCUUUCACUUUCAUUUGAUCCAAGCCCAUAUCUCUGACUUGAAUCUCUUACGUCAGUGAACCCAUAAGCCAAACCGUCGCAGUGAGCCGUGUGUGUCAACGCUUAAGACUUCUUCAAAGGGGAUGUUUAAGGUGAGAGUCGAGGCGUGGCUGCUGCGUUGCUUCUUAACCUCAUCCAGGGGAGAGGUGUUAGUUCCAACGUAAGCAUCCGACGCCUAGAACUCAAUUCUAGUGUAAUUGCGUCAGAUGCUCGAUUAUGUUACGUGCGUCUAUCCGUGAGAGAUUCUUUCCCGUGUCGAACACGUCCAGGUUAGUUUCAAAGCAGCUUGUCUGUGGACAAGUAGAUGUAAUGCUGUACGGGUCAAAAACACUUUAGAAGCAGGUGUGUUACUGUAGGGCUGGAGCAAAAGCCUGCACGCCCAGUAGCUCUCUAGGAGGAGGUUUGGGGUUUGGGCCACCCACCCCUUUGCUCUUAUUAGGCUCAUCCUCAUGAUUCACCCCAGCUACAAACACAAGACGCUCACGGUGUCCAUGUCGCGUUGACAGACGGAGUGGGGUGCGAGGUGUUAUUACAGCGUCUGUCUGUCUCCAGGACAGGAAGACACUAAUGACAGGGAGGAGUUCUAGAUCAUAAUCACAUGGAGACAUGAGGAGGGUAGUUAGGGUAGAUUUAUAGCCCCGUACACACUGGGAGACAUGAGGAGGGUAGUUAGGGUAGAUUUAUAGCCCCGUACAGGCUGGGAGACAUGAGGAGGGUAGUUAGGGUAGAUUUAUAGCCCCAUACAGGCUGGGAGACAUGAGGAGGAGGGUAGUUAGGGUAGAUUUAUAGCCCCAUACAGGCUGGGAGACAUGAGGAGGGUAGUUAGGGUAGAUUUAUAGCCCUGUACAGGCUGGGAGACAUGAGGAGGGUAGUUAGGGUAGAUUUAUAGCCCCGUACAGGCUGGGAGACAUGAGGAGGGUAGUUAGCUCCUCUAGCUAUCUCUACAUAAAUAUGAUAUCUAUCCUAGACAGAGACUAGAGGCCAGAUGAAGUGACUAUAAGAAUCCCUAUAAGAACUGUGUGGCAUAAUAUUAAUACUAUCUAUCACUGGUAAUCUGUUAUAAAGGAACACCCAGUGAGAUCGCACUGAGAACCUCGCCCGGGCGGUGACUGUAAACCGCAUCACCCCCUCUACCAGCUUCUAAAGGUCACUGAGAAAGCUUGAUGGGAACAGUAUAGACAGAGGCAUGUUGAGAAAUGUCAGUUAUUGGUUUAGAUUAGUUCAAUUUAAUCCUGACACUGCACCCUUGAGUUGGCCCAGAGUGACGGUACAGAUAAUUGACUUAAUCACAGGACAGACAGACUGCACAGGACAGGAGUGGACUUAAUCACAGGACAGACAGACUGCACAGGACAGGAGUGAGAAAACCUCCAGAUGAAUGGGAACAGUAAAGCUUGACAGGCAUCAAGGGAACAGUACAGAGACACAUGGGGGGAAACAUGAGUUAUCAGCUGGUCUUAAUCUUGAUUUAAUCUUGAGUUAUGUGACGUACAGAAACUUGACUUAGUCACACAGGACAAACAGUGCGGAGGAGAGAAAAUCUCCUGAUGAAUACAGUGUUAACCACGGUAAAAGCAUGCCGUUGGCUGCCCUUAGAUUCGCUGAGAAUUCUUCCCUCAACAGUUGUUCUCGUUACCUUGACGACCCGAUCUGUCUCUACAUGAAGUCACAGCUUUCAUACCUAGGCGUUGUGUCCCAAAAUGGCACCCUAUUCCCUAUAUAGUGCACUACUUUUGACCAGGACCCAUAGGUAGUGCACUUUAUAGGGAAUAGGGUACCAUUUAAAGAUGUACCUUUGUGAUGUGGCAAUGUUUUUAUUAGUUACCUACCAUUUUUAUUAGUAACCUACCAUCCAACUGUUUCUAGCCUGCCUCAGACUCACAAACACACCCAAGGCUUGGUUUAUAGCUCUGUGAAGGCCCUGAGAUUUCAGUUUGCAGUAAAAAGUGGAUUACCUCAACAUGUUCUUUACAGCUGUUUUAAAACUAUCUCAUCAUUGUAAACAGCCUGUAGACCCACUCUCAUAAAGACCUGGUUAUUUGUACCGUUCCUCUGUGAUCGUACUAGUGAAGAUACAGGAUGCCUCCCAAACAGCACCCUAUUCCCUACGGGCCCUCUGGUCAAAAGUAGUGCACUACAUAGGGAAUAGGGUGCCAGGGCCCUGGUCAAAAGUAGUGCACUUCAUAGGGAAUAGGUGUGCCGUUUGAGACGUGACCUCGGUGACUCCAGCUGAAAGGCUCUGCAGUGCACCCCGAGUCCCUUUCAUUCUGCUGUCUUGGAACUACCAGCAGCGUUCCAAGCUCUGUUGGCAGCGUUUCCAGUCCAGCCCAGUGAAACGAUUCAGGAAAAGUAUGAAAUAUAAGACGGAGCCCAGCUUUCAGCUUUCAGCACAGUGCUGCUAAUGUCAGUCUACACUCUGUAUUAAAGAUAUACUGUCAAUUAUGGCCAGGCUAAAAUAAUGCCUCUAGGUCUAAAAUAGUCUGAGGACUUCUCCACGCUUCCUCCCACUCAUCUACUGUGCUUUGGCUUCUCAAUGAGCUGAGCUGAGGCCCUUGGUUUUGUCCGGGCUGCCCUUACACCGCCUCAGUGUUGGCUUUCAGUAAAAGGCUACGCACACAUGCUCGCGCACGCACACAUGAGCGCACACACACACACACACACACACAAACACACACAAAACACAUCACGCAAGGAGAAGAGAGAGUCCAGCUGGAGAGAGUUCUAGGAAUGCUUCAUAGGGUGAAGGAAGCAGGUGCCAGGCCUGUGAAUGGCCAGCCUUGUCCCCCUGACUCCCCCCCUCAGUAGCCCCUAUCCCCUCCCGCCUCCCCUCAGCCCCCCCCAGCCUCCCCAUGGGCCUCUCUCUUCCCUAGUCACCUAAAAUAAACCAGAAUCAGCUUUUCUCUCCCCCUUUCCAUAAAGAAACCCCCUUCCCCCCUUUAUAAAAACACACGGCAUCACCGCUGCAGUAUGCCGGCUAUCCCAGACAUACAGCACAGUGGAACUACUCUAAGAUAACUGUCCUCUAACGCUGUGUGAAGAGGCUUGGUUCAGCCCGCUGUGUCUCAGUCAUCACGGGAUUCCACCGUAAACUCAAACCGAGGAGGAGCGAAGGGACCACCCUGUCGUGUUCCACAAAUAACUCGU